AUGGGCCAUUAUGGCCUCGGUCGCCACGCCCAGUUUGUCGAGGCAAAGGAUCUGCUCAUCUUCCUCAGAUUGUUAUAUGCAGUAUACUACGUCUACGAUAUCGGCCUCUUUUUCACCAAGGUCUCGGCCUUGCUCCUCCUCUCGCGCAUCUUUCCGUGGCACGCAAACGCCAAAUGGUUCAACUACACACUUAUCGCUACCCACUGCCUCAACUGCGCAUGGUUGGCCGGCAUCAUCUUUGGCACCAUAUUCAUGUGCACUCCCGUCCAGAAGGGCUGGGGGCACCAUAUUCAUGUGCACUCCCGUCCAGAAGGGCUGGGAUUCUUUGUUACCUGGACACUGCGGCACGGCCCAGCACCUUUGGCUUGGAAGCGCAAUUCCCAGUGUCAUCAUUGA